AUGUCCCAACAACAAAUAUCGGCGAAGAAGCAGCAAGAGCUUCAGGUCCAAUACUCCAACUACAAAGACACGCUCCAAGCCGUCGCGCAGAAAAUCGGCGACGUAGAACAAGAAGCCGAAGAACAUAAGUUGGUGUUAGAAACGCUCACGCCACUCCCCGGCGAUCGCAAAUGCUUUCGAAUGAUCAAUGGCGUUCUUGUGGAAAGGACGGUGAAGGAUGUGCUGCCGGCGCUGCAGACGAAUGCUGAGGGCUUGAAGAAGGUUUUGGAUGAUCUUGUUAAACAGUAUCACACCAAGCAGGCGGAAAUGGAGAAGUGGAAGAAGAAGAACAAUAUUCAAGUUGUUCAGCAAUGAUCGCUGCUCUGGGAUGUGCGAAGGAACAUGCUUUACUACUGUAUGCUGGACAUGUUAUCUGCAAGCCGCUGACUCUGGAUGCAUGCGCGAGCAGCCUGCUCUACAGCCGCGCAUUGUGUGAGCUCUGCAAAUUACACUUGCAGAACCCCCUCUUCAUACAAGAAGGCGAGUCACUACUGGUGGUCGGGUUGCUGGCACACAUGCUCCGGAAGGCAGUGCCUCCUCACAGUCUGAAUCAGAGACCGAAACCCGGAUCUUGGAUUUCCUGAAGACGAUCUGCAAAACACAAGCAUGGAUAGACUGUCAAUACUGUAUUGCGUGAUGAAGACGCAGCAAGCUUCUGUUCGGGAUGGACGGCCCGGCUCUCGACCGCCGAACUUCUCCUGCCGUCUCAGAAGCACUGAUGCUGGCGAGAGCAAGUCUUCUGAAACUAGAUGCGUGGAGCUCUAGCACAUGUGGCCUCCAAUCUGGUAGUAUCAUUUGUACGUAUUGCCUAGAAAAUUUGUGCUUCGGCCU